AUGGGAGAGUAUUGCAAUGAAGACCUGAGUUGUUUUCCGGCGAAUGAACUCCGGUUCAGCAAACAUGUCCACGACAACGUUCAUGGAAACAUCUAUCUUGAUCCUCUUUGUUUAAAAUUCAUUGACACUGAGCAGUUCCAAAGGCUUCGUGAACUAAAGCAACUUGGAGUGACAAACAUGGUAUAUCCAGGAGCUGUACAUUCUAGAUUUGAGCACUCUCUAGGUGUGUAUUGGCUUGCAGGUGAAACUGUUCAGAGGCUCAAAACUUUCCAGGGAAUGGAGCUUGGUAUUGACAAUCAUGAUCUUCAGACUGUGAGACUUGCUGGACUUCUCCAUGACAUUGGCCAUGGGCCUUUCAGUCAUAUGUUUGAGCGUGAGUUCCUCCCAAAGGUCAUAAGUGGCUGUCAGUGGUCUCAUGAGUUAAUGUCUAUAAACAUGAUUGACUAUAUAGUCGAUACACAUCACAUAGAUGUUGAUGCAAAAAUGCUAAAAAGAGUCAAAGACAUGAUACUAGCUAGUACUGAAGUUUCAGAGCUGAAAGGCAAUGCAGAGAAGCGUUUCUUGUAUGACAUUGUUGCUAAUGGUCGAAAUGGGAUUGAUGUGGAUAAGUUUGACUACAUUGUCCGAGACUCUCGAGCUUGUGGACUAGGGUGCAACUUUCAGUUUCAAAGACUAACAGAACCAAUGAGAGUCAUAGACAAUGAAAUCUGCUACCCCGCCAAGGAAUAUCGUACUGUCCACAAGUUGUUUGCAACUCGAGCUGAUCUUUGUGGAACCGUCUACAUGCAUCCCAAAAAAAUGGCCAUAGAGCUUAUGAUAGUAGAUGCAAUGGUCAAAGCCAACAAUGUCUUGGAGAUUUCUUCUAUGAUUAAUGAUCCUUCUCAAUACUGGAAGUUAGACGACACAAUCCUCAAAACGAUUGAAAGAUCUCCAGAUCCAGAACUUGCAGAAGCUAAAGAGCUGAUACUCCGCCUUAGCAGAAGGCACUUGUACCAAUUCUGUAACGAGUAUGCGGUACCAAAGGACAAAAUCGAUCAUUUCAAACCUAUCACUCCUGAAGAUAUCAUCUGUUUCUCAGAAGAAGAUAUAGCUGUUACAAACGUCAAGAUUGAUUUAGCUCGUGGGAGAGAAAAUCCUCUUGAAUGCAUCAACUUCUAUAAGGAUUAUAAUAGUGCAGAGAAGUUUGUGAUACCUGAGGACAGAGUUAGCCACUUGUUACCAACAACAUAUCAAGAAAUGAUAGUGAGAGUAUAUGCCAAAAAACCAGAAUUGGUAGAAGCAGUUUCUGAGGCAUUUGAAAACUUCCAAAUGAGAACGUAUGGAAUCAAAGCUCAAGUACUGAUGUAA